AUGGCCUACCAUAUACCGGUGCUGUUGAAUCCUCUAGUGAAUUCAGUGUUUAAUUGUUCUAAUCCAUCUGAUUCACAGUUCAAGAAACUGUUUGGUAAAUUGAAGACAGAGAGGUUUAUCCUUUUAGUACCACCAACUGAAAAAUUACUCUACCAUGUUGACGCAGAAUCAGGCUCAUCAAUGAAUGAUCUUUGUCAAAACUAUGAUUUUGUUGCAUCUCAUAUACUACUUUUACAACAAGAUACUUAUAGUGAUGGCGGUUUCAAUCUAUCAGCGAGUCAAACUGAAUACAAAACCUUGAAUGAUAAAAGGGUGGCGGUACGAUCAUCGAGUGGUGAAAUUCUUACUACAGAAGGGUUCCCUUUGAGAAGGAGAGCACGCAUUCAGAAUGUGGAAUUGAUUACAAACUUUAACGAUUAUUUAAAUGGUUCAGAGAAGUUUGCAUUGGUGCACAUCGAUCAUCCAUUAAUUGGUACACUGAUUAGAAAAAUAGAUAUUCCUAGAGGUCUAGCUCAGGGAAACUUUAACGGUGUAGAUGCAAAGGGAAGCUUAGUAAGGGAUCUGACGCAAAAGAGUUGGUCAUCUUUCGAAAAUAUCUUGAGAUUGCAUCCGGAUUGGUCUAAUAUUUUAAAUGGUUAUUUCAAUAGGUACAGAAGCACUCCCUUAACUGAAGGUCCUUAUGAAGAGCUUUUCCGCAUGAUAGUGAAACAAGUUCACGCAAAAAUGGUAAAUGAUGAAUUGUUUCGAAAGAUACCCCAUCUUUAUGAUUUGAUAUUUGACUAUGUGGAGUUAAACUUGUUUGAUGACGUUUGGAUUAGAAUUGUUAACUCCUAUAGAAAGGAUGAAAUAGACACAGAACCAUUAAAAUUUCUUUCCAUUAACGAAUUGGAAACUGAAUUGUACCAAAAGAAAUACGAAAAAUUUCGAUUACAAGAUGUUACAACUAUGGAAAAGAAUAUUGACCUAGCGAUAAAUUCGUUUGUUGGGUUACCUUUGACUCAUACACAUGCUGAAAAGGCUGAUUGUCUAAUAAAUACAUUACAAAGUUUGUCCAAUACGAGGGAACAAGAUAUGGAUAUUCAAACUUUACCUAUAACCAUGGAUGCUGAUACUUUAAUAAGUUUCUUUGUUUUGGUGGUAUGUCGAACGCAAGUGAAAAAUAUAAAGAGUCAUCUUUUCUAUUUGAAAAAAUUCUCGAAGGAUGAAAAUAGCAUUAAAUUUGGUAUUCUAGGUUAUGCAAUAUCUACAUUGGAGGCGGUUGUAUUUUAUUUUGACGGUUUAAAAGGUACCAAAAAGUUGCAAAAAUUGCAAGAUGACUCUAAUAAGGCAAAGGAGUUGUAUAUAUUGAUUUCUGAUAAAUCGACGGGGCAAGCAGUAUUAGAUAUUUCGCAAUUUCGAAGUAAUUUGGAAUUUAGAACUCCACAGGGCGAAUCAGUAUUAUCACAGUGUAUUAUUAAUGAUAAAAAUGGGCUAUUAUAUGAAUUGCUUAAAAACUACGAAGAUAUAUUUCCCUUAGAGGACAUAUUGGACGAUGAAACUGUAGAUGGAUCAACCCUUUUGAUACAAGCACUAAAAUGUGAUAAUAGUGAAGCAGCUCAAAUGAUAGUGGAAGUUUUACAGAACUCUUGCACUGAGCAAGAGCUUCGGGAAUAUGUUAACAGGGCUGAUAAAAACAGGAGAACAGUGGCACACUAUUUGACCCAUGAGAUGAAUAUCCUAGAAAGCAUCGGCAAAUAUAUCAACUGGAAAUCCCAGGAUUCUAAUGGUCAUACGCCAUUGUUCACUAUUUUUAGGUGUUACGAUCAACAGAAUUAUGAGGCUAUGAUUUCAGCGGCUUUUAGAAGUGCAGUACGGUGGUAUCAAGCUAACGGGGAAGACUUUCAAUUUUCUGAUCACGAGGAUAACAAGGGCAAUACGCUUUUGCACAUCAUUAAGAAUAAUGUUUCCAUUUUGCUGGAUUAUGAUAAUGUCGAUAUUAAUUGUACCAACAAGAAGGGUUUGACCCCUUUAAUGAUCUAUACAAGGUACAAUCGUUUCGACAACGUGAAGACAAUUAUUCGCGACCAAAGAAUCAUUCUGGAUAAAUUACAGCAUCCGUCUUUUUUGAAUUCAUUUGAUUAUGCCAGAAAUCCCCUAGUCUUGAAAGAGCUAGUUUCACAAGCUAUUAAGACGACUGCCUUUGAAUUAGCAUUUGUGCAUCAUUUAAAAUACGAGGCUCCCAGCUGGUUUUUCCAUAUUACUGUCAAAAUAGGUGCAGGGGCAGAUGAGGAGUAUAAGACGGUCAAGCUUCACAUCAAAACUCUACAAAAUCUGUUCCAGGUACUUCUGAAGAUGCAUUUUGCAUCUUUUUUACCACUGGAGAAAGCUUUAGAGGAUUUAUCCAAUCUUUAUAAAAGCAGAAUGCCAAGUAUUGCCAAAUUAGAGACCCUCUAUUUCUUCUACAUGCUUACCGAUUGCUUCGAUGUGCUUCUGAGACACGAUAACCUUAACAAAUUGGUUCUUAGAGAAUCUAGAUUAGUUUCUUGGAUUAGAUCCCAAGAUAAAAAGUGCAAUAAUUCGAAAAAGCUCCAGAAGCAGAAGAAUGUGGAGCCUGAGGAAAUCGGUAUCAUGGCAAGCUUUCUUCGGUUUAAUCGUGGGGAGUUGUCGGCGGUGAAAUUGAAACUAAUGACAAUGAAAAAAUUGUUGAUAUUUUUGAAACUUAAGAAUACUGAUCUUACGCAUUCUUAUCAAUUUCUUUCCUUGUUUGGCACGGAAUAUAAUUUAGCACAAGAUCGACUAUUGUUUAAGGAUUUGGAAAUAAAUUGUUGUGCAUUUGGGGAGGAAGCUACCAUGACAUUUGUUAGAGAAAUUGCAUUUUUGGAAAAUUGUACAGGAAAGCUUCUUGAUCGAGUGGAACAAUUAUUGUCGGUGGAUAUACCAGAAUGGUGGAAACUCUACGGUGAUGUGUUGGAGAUGCACAAAGUUUAUAAACAAAAGUUCCCCAACAUUUCUAGAAAUGAUUCUGGGACUGGCAUUAUUGCCAGUUUUUUUGAAGGUAAAAGAGAAAAGAUGGAAUCGAAAUUAUCUUCAGAUUUAGCUGACUGUAAAAAGAGGAUGAGACGAGUGGGCGAUAGAAUAAGCUCUACUCAUGAAAUUCUGGCCGAAGAAUUAAGCAAAUAUAUGGAGUUCAAAAGUAACUUCUUUAUUAACGGCAUAUUGAGAAGGGCGGUUAGGGAAAAUAUUAAUAUUUUAAAGGGAAGGUUGGUAGAAAUGCGUAAGCGGGCCCUUUACAGGAGUAGGAAAGGUGAAAAUAAUAUAUAG